AUGCGUUUACCGCGGCAUCAGUAUCUGCGGCUAGGGCACCGCAAAUCCAAAGCUCGCGUAGAACGAUGUGCCACAGUCGACCGGUCGUCGGUAAGGAGCACCGUCAGGCAGCUGCUGGACUCCUUCUGGGAGGCUCGUGGCGUGUUAGACCCUAUAAACCGGAAGCGGCUUGUUGACGCAGCUGAGGCGUUGGACGCAGAGGUGCCGAUCAACUCCGCUCCGUUAUCAUCCUCCGCCCCCCUACCCGGACUGCCCGCAUCCUGGCAAUUGGAGGAAUCCACACCCGAGGUCCUUGCGGCCUCCCGGCGUCUGCUGGCGCUGCAGCAACUGCUAGGGGGCGGCUUGGAGCCCGGUAGCAGCAGAUUCAGAGAUGGCGGAGGUGGAGGUAUCGUUGGGGGCCCCUUAGGGUUCGGGAGCUAUAUAGCUGGUGCGGUCAACACGGGGACUGGUAGCGGCUGCGGCAGGUCGAUUGACGUCGUGUGGAUGGUGGUUCGGGAGCCCGGGUUGUUGUCAGCGGACCUGGCAGUGCUGACGGGAAGGUUGCUGGAGAUGAAGCUAGCCACGUACGGCACAGACGUGGACGUGCUCAAAGUUAUUGAGGCACAGCCGGCGUUGCUGCUGAGCGAUCGUUGGCAGUUGGACCUGGAGUCGUUGGAGAUCGAAUGCCGCAACCGCAACCGAAACCGUAACCGAAACCUUCACUGCCACGGCAACCACCAUCACAAUCGGAUUACGCAGGGCACUGUGCAAGUAGGUGAAGGAGGUGACGGCACGGCAACAGCCGACGACGACGACGGUGCCGCCGCCGGCGGCGGCGGCGGCCCAGCGUCAACGUCGGACCUCGAUGCCAACGGGGCCCGACUGCUGGGAUCGGAAUCACAUGGAUCUGGAUCUUCUAGCUCUGGAUCUGAUAACGCGGCAGUCAAAAGCACGGCAACCGCUGCCGCUACCGCUGCCGUUACCGUAAGCCUGUUGGGUGGCGGAGGCGGCCUCGCCGCCGCAGCUGCUGCCGCGGGCCCUGUACAGCAGCUCGUCCAAGCGUGGCAGUACGGCAUUGCCUCAGAUGGAGAUGAGGAGUGGUCCUCCCGGCUUGCCCAGCUGUCCGAGUACGCAGCCCGACACGGGGACACGUGUGUUGGAUUUCGGGAUGGCGACGACCCGGAGCUGAGUCGCUGGGCCACCAAGCAGCGUGCGGAUUGGCGGAGGGGGCGUCUGGAAGUCGAGAGGCUGGAGCAGCUGUCGGCACUCGGCUUCCAUUUCGACGCGGACGAGGCGGAGUGGUGCCGCUGGUUUUCCGAGCUGGCGUCUUUCAGCGCCAGCACGGGACACGCCUCCCCCAUGCCGCUGGUGACUGGCUGCGACAUGUACCUCAUCAACUGGUGCUCCGUACAGCGGAUUGCACGACGAAGCCGUGUGCUCUCUGAAUCCAGAAUCCAGCGUUUGGACGAGCUUGGUUUCGACUGGACGGGCGCGGAUCCAUUGUCGUGA